AAGAAAAUAUUGUCGUCUCGGGCUUGCUGGUAGCGUCUGCUCCAGUUACAAUUAUGAUGAGCUUUAAUAGUGCGGUGAAGUAGGUAUAAAAGAUCUGAGAAAUAUUACGUUUGAGAAAUAUGCCAUUUUUUUCGCUUCGCAACGGAAUGUGGCUGGUGAUAAACUAAAUUAAAAUGUGCAUUUUAAAACAUGUUGCUUUACGAGUCUUUCUCUUGGCUGCCUGCGGCGAAGUGUACGGUGCCUCUGCUGCUUAUUUUGAGCUCGCGGUGGACGCAGAGACACCCAUAAGAGACCUGAAUCAUUUCUGGAAGAGUACAGGUUUUUGCCCUCCCCUUCCUCACGCCCAGUCUGACCAGUAUGACCUCAGCAGAGACCAGCAGUUAAACAUGGCCUACCUGGGCUCAGUGCCCCACGGUGGUCUGGAGCAGGUUCGUAUACACUGGCUUCUGGAGCUGGUCACAGCACAGGUUGUAAACGGAGAAACCCGUUACAAUUUCACAAAACUGGACCAGCUGAUAGAACUCCUGUGGCAGAAUGGUCUUCGGCCAGGUUUUGAGCUAAUGGGCAGCGUGUCUGGCUACUUCACAGACUUUGAGGACAAGAGGCAGGUGGCAGAGUGGAGGACCCUCGUGUAUCUCCUCGCAAAAAGAUACAUUGAGAAGUACGGCUUGGGAUACGUCUCUCAGUGGAACUUUGAAACAUGGAAUGAGCCCAAUAAUCACGACUUUGACAAUGUAUCCGUGUCGAUUCAGGGGUUUCUGAACUACUAUGAUGCCUGUUCAGAAGGACUUCGAGACGCUAGCGCCACCUUGAGGUUUGGGGGUCCGGGAGACUCUUGUCACUCCUAUCCACGCUCCCCGUACUGUUGGGCCAUGUUGGAACACUGCUACAAUGGGACCAACUUCUUCACAGGCGAGACAGGUGUGCGGCUGGACUUCAUCGCCCUGCACAAGAAGGGUGGUGGUGGCUCUCUACCCAUCAUCCAGCAGGAAAUGGAGACAAUGAAGGAGAUUCAUGACCGCUUCCCGAAGUUCAGGUCCAUACCUGUCUACAACGAUGAGGCAGACCCAUUGGUAGGCUGGUCCAAACCUGAGGACUGGAGAGCUGAUGUGACCUAUGCAGCCAUGGUGGUGAAGGUGAUUUCCCAGCAUCAGGACCUGGUCAUCGGCAAGCCUAACUCCACCAUCAACUAUGUCCUCCUGAGCAACGACAACGCAUUCCUGAGCUACUACCCGUACCAAUUCACUCAGCGCACACUCACCGCCCGCUUUCAGGUCAACAACACCCAGCCGCCCCACGUGCAGCUGCUGAGGAAGUCCGUUCUGACCGUUCUGGGCCUGCUCUCUUUGCUAGGAGAAACGCAGGUGUUUUCACAUGUGGCCUCUGUGGGGAAGAGCGCGGAUGACACCGUGGGGGUCCUGGCCAGCACCCACAAACCACCUUUUCCCGGGACGUCGGACAGCUGGCAGUCAGCUGUGCUGAUCUACAGCAGCAAAGACAACCGCACGUCUUCCCCCAACCAUGUGACGGUCCAGCUCAGUGGAUAUGCAGGCCAUAAGGGUCUGGUGUAUGUCACCUACUACCUGGACAACAACAGCAGCAGUCCCUACAGCCUGUGGAAAGCCUUUGGGAGACCAGCCUUCCCCACGGCUGUGCAGUUCCAGCAGCUACGGAAGUUGGAGGUGGGGCAGUAUGAAGAUGUUCAGUAUAUGUGUCAGCUUAGAAACCCGAAGACCCAGCACAUUCAGAACAACAUCCCCUGGAGGUCCAAAGCUAAUUGUCCCACGGUCCGUCUGUCUCAGGAGCCGCGAGUAGGAGGGCCCCUUCCCUUCCCCCCCGACGGCAGGCUGACCCUGAAGCUGGACCUUCCCGUUCCAGCUGUCCUCCUCAUCCAUGUGUGCGCCAAGCCCGAUUCGCCGCCGGACCAGGUGACUGGUCUGCGGUUCCUACCUGUGACCAAAGGCCAGGUUCUCAUCAUUUGGACGGAUCACUGUGUCAAUUCCAAGUGUAUAAAGACUUAUGAGGUGGAAUUUUCCGGAUCCUGGACAACAUUCCAAAGAAUAAACAUACAGGACACCAUUUUUACCUCUUAUGUAUUUGCCCCUGGGAGCUUAGAUGUCUGUGGUUUCUACAGAGUGCGGGCUGUGGAUUACUGGGGGAGGCCAGGAGAGUAUUCACAAAGCAUCAGAUACUGCGAGGAGCUCUGAUUGGUUAAUGAACCGUGGUCACCAUAGAUACAUUACUUAUUGCACCAAUGAGCACCUUUCAUGUUUGUUUGCAUUAUUGUUCUUAACAUUUCUGUUUAGAAUUGGAUUAAACCCAAGGAUGUUUCUUUGU